AUGGCAUCUGCAUCUAGCAGCAGCGCUAAAAAUCUGUUCAGCGAUUCGAAGCGACGUCUUGCGGAACGAGUUGCGGUUAAUGUGAAUAAUGCCUCAUCUGUAGCUCGCCAAAUCGUACGUGGAUCUAAAUCUAACGAAAUUCUAAUGCAAGCGGCCAAAAACUUUGCUUAUCAUGAAAGUACGGUGGAUAAUAGCAUACAGAAUCUCAAAAAAAUGGAAAUCAUUUUCCAGCAUUUGAAUUACCAAUAUGAUGCCAUCGAGCAGGCUGGAGAGAAACUAGAAUACGUCGAAGAGCAGGUCAAAGCCAUGGAAAGGUGA